CUUAUGUUAGCUUCGCAUCAAGAAAGCACCCACAUUAAAUUACAGUAUUUAAAUACCUGUCAGAUGUUCAGAGUCGGAGAGAGAUAGAGAGGGAGAGAAAAAGACACACACAGAGAAAGAGAAAGAGAGAGAGAGAGAGCGAGAGAGAGAGAGAGAGAGAGAGAGAGAGAGAGAGAGAGAGAGAGAGAGUGGAUUAAAGUUAGAGCUUAGUACUAAGGACGAAUUUAAACUUGCUCAAUGGCUUUGUGUCCAGUUCUUUUUGAGGAUUAUCUUCAGUGUCCUGUGUGCCGUGAUGUCUUCAGGGAUCCCGUGCUCCUGAUGUGUUCUCACAGCUUUUGCCGGCUCUGUUUGGAACAGUUCUGGCAACACACUGAGUCUCCCACAUGUCCUCUGUGCAGAACGAAGUCGUCAGUAAAUUGUCCUCCAUGUAAUCUGGCUUUAAAGAACCUGUGUGAUGCUGUUGUACAGGAGACCAACCAGCCAGCUUCAAGUGGAGCAGAGAUCCUCUGUGCAUUGCAUAACAAGAAGCUUACACACUACUGCCUGGAGGAUAAACAGCCUGUGUGCAUGGAGUGUCAAAGCUUAAAAAUACACCAUAAACACUGCUUUCAACUGCUUGAUGAAGUGGCAGGAGAUCUAAAGUUGGAUAUGAAAAGAAAACUGGCACUACUGAAAGAGCGCCUGAAACUCUUCAGAAAUGCAAAACGUGCCUGCGUUCAAACUGAGCAUUAUAUUAAGUGUCAGGCCCACUACACUGAGUCUCUGAUCAGGGAGGAGUUUGAGAAGAUUCACCAGUUUUUUUGGGAUGAAGAAAGUGCAAGAGUGUCUGCUGUGAGGGAAGAAGAGAAGCAGAAAGUUUGUGCAGCCGUGAUGAAGCUGACUCAACUCGACAGAGACAUUUUAGUUCUCUCGGACAAAGUUACAACUAUUGAGCAAGGAAUAGGAGCCAAUAAUAUUUCAUUCCUGCAGAACCAUGAAACUACUCUGAAAAGGACUGAGAGUGAGGAGAAUGAUCCUGAGAUCAACUCUGCAUCACUGAUUGAUGUGGCAAAGCAUCUGGGCAACCUGAGGUUCAGAGUCUGGGAGAAGAUGCUGAGUAUUAUCAAAUAUAGUCCAGUUAUCCUUGACCCUAACACAGCUCACCCCUGCCUACACCUGACUGAUAAUUUGACCAGAAUGGAACUUCAUAACAGCAGUCAAGAGCUUAUAGUCAACCCACUGAGAUUCACUGACUAUUCGAGUGCCCUCGGCUCUAAAGGAUUUGAUUCAGGUAGACACUGCUGGGACGUCGAGGUGGGAAACAACUCAGCCUGGGCGGUUGGUGUGAUCUCCGAGACGGCACAUAAGCGCAAAGAAAUCUCAAAGCAGGGUUUAUGGUAUAUAGGUUACUACAAGGGGAAAUAUGGCCAAGGCUUGUCAGAUGAGAUGUUGACUCCUAUCAACCUAAAGGAAAAACUUCAGCGGGUCCGAGUGCUACUGGAUUGGGACGAAGGUUGUGUCUCAUUCUUCAACCCUGUCAAUGAUACUCAUGUGCAUACCUUUUUACACACAUUCACUGAGCGUGUGUAUCCAUACUUCUGUAAUGCCUGUCAUGAUAAAGCUAUAAGAAUUGUUCCAGUGGAACUGUCGUUUAUUGAAGAGUAGGGUGGAUAUUGAACAAUUUGCAUAAAAGGAGCUGCACAAGUUAAUCAUACUGUGAUCAUACUGCUAGGCUUGGCUAAAGUAUUGCUAAUUACCUCCCAGUGAAUAUAUUUUUGUGGGGUUUUUUUUUUUUUUUUGGUUUGGGUACAUUACAUAACAAGUUCUUUUUUUGUACAUGUUAACCAACAUGCUGUGACAAUGUGAAUAAAGAGCAAUGUAAAUACUGUAUGCAUACUGUGGGUUCCGAAUUCAAAACCACUUAAUAAUUUUUAACCAUUUUGACAUGUAACGAACAAAACGAACACAAUAAAACUAACCACAACAUAAACAAAGAAACAAAGAGCAGCUUGGAACGAUGUU